ACACGGCAACGCCUCCAUAACCAUCAGAAAUACAAAGGUGGCCGACAGCGGAAACUACACCUGUUUUUUUCCAAAUCUUCGGCCAACUCAAACAUUCAAGAUUGAGCUUGUUGUUGAUCGUGUUUUAAAAAACAGAACAGGGGAAAAUAUCCCAGGUGCAGCUCCAAAACCAUCUGUCACAAUACUUAAAACUAAGGAUGGAGUGCUGCUGCAGUGUGAGGUUCAUGGCACUCCAAAACCUAAAGUAGAGUGGCAGGACAGAGCUGGAAACAUCCUUACUGCUGAGGAGCCCCAAGUCUCAGAGAGAGGAGGCCAUUUCUACAUCACUCUCACCGCUACUGUGACCAUGGCUGACCAUUAUCGCUGUGUAGCCACUCAGGAGACAAUCAGCCAUCAGAUUUCUGCUGAAAUUUAUGUGCCCCUCAAUGGUGCAUCUCCAGAACCAUACCUCAACAUACUUAAAACAAAGGAUGGAGUGCUGCUGCUGUGUAAAGUCCGAGGUGCUUCUCCAGAACCUGAAGUAAAGUGGGAGGACAGUGAUGGAAACAUGAUUACUUCUGAAGAACCACAGGUCACAAAAAAAGGAGGCAGCUACGACAUCAUCCUCCACGCUUCUGUGACCAAAACUGACCACUAUCGCUGUGUUGUCACACAGAAGACGAUCAACCAUUCCAUUUCUGAUAAGAUUUAUGUGCCUCUAAAUGCUGGAUCGCAGACACAUCCUUCAGAUCAAAACUUGAGGAAAGUGAUGAUUGGAGUUGCUGUUGUAGUUCUCGCAGAAUUUCUGUUUUUGUAGGUGUUCAUCUAGCUCCGCCUGGAAAUGACUAACGGUCUACGGUUCAUUGUGAGACAAAAGUGACCCGGCCGAAAAGGAGCCAGAGCCCCAAUCAACACCAACUUUAAAGUUCUCUGCAGAUGUGUGUGGUAUCAUACUUCUUUUCUCGCGAGGACCACUUUGAAUUUUAGAACAAAAGAGUGAGGACAUUUUUAGAGAUUGAGGACAUUUUCUCUUCAACUUCUUAAAAGGUCAGUUUGAGAGUUAAGACCUAGAAUUGGGCUUUGUAUCGUAUGUGGAUAACUUUUCAAAAUUCUGAGUUUUGUGACUAUUGAUAAUGUUAAAAAAGCAAAUGUGAAAGACAUAAAUGUUGCACAUACUCACACACAGUAUGUGCAACAUUUCUGUGGCGGUAUAUUGACUUUUCACAAGAUGUGGAAUGAGAAUUUAUUGAUAUGUUGAGUAUAUAUUGAUAUAGUGUUACAUAUAUGACAUGUUUUCUGCUCAUUGAAUUCCCAAAAGUCUCUGCUUUCCAGUCAGAAGUCAGUGUGCAGAAAUAUACAAAUACAGUACAGGCCAAAAGUUUGGACACACCUUCUCACUCAAUGUGUUCCUUUAUUUUCAUGACUAUUUACUUUGUAGAUUAUCAC